UGUAACUGCAGCUGGCACUGUGUGUGUUUGGGAGGGCUCUGCUGCUGCUGUGGUAAAACAGGGUAAGGGUUAUCAGCAGAGCUGCUGGGUGACCCUGAACUUCAGCACAGUUUAUCGUGGUUAUUAUCAGCUAUGUACCUAUGAAGUUCCUGAACGCAGGCAUGUCCCGGUUCCUGCUGCGACUCCUGGCCGCUCACACUGCCCGCAGCGAGGCGAGUCUGCCCCGGGUUCACUCCGUCCCGAGCCGCUCCAUCAUCGACCUGUCCUACUCCACUCACUUCAUGGACUUUAAAGGCUCAUCUAUCCCGAGCUCCAUGAAGAAGCUGGUGGUAACCAAACUGAGCCAGAACUUUAAGGAGGCCGUUUCUCUACAAACAGCUCCGGUACCGACACCUGGGGACGGGGAGCUGCUCGUCCGAAACCGGUAUGUUGGCAUUAAUGCAUCAGAUAUCAACUACUCAGCCGGACGGUACGACCCCUCAGUCGCCCCUCCGUUUGACAUUGGGUUUGAGGGCGUGGGAGACGUGGUGGGUUUAGGUUUGAGUGCCAGUGCCAACUUCACCGUUGGUGACACUGUGGCAUAUAUGAAUAAUGGCGCUUUUGCAGAGUACACAGUCAUUUCCGCCAAAAAGGCCAUACCGGUUCCUGCUGCUCGGCCCGAGCUGCUAACGCUGCUGGUCAGCGGAGCGACGGCCCACAUCGCUCUGCAGCGGCUGGGGGAGCUGAAAGAGGGAGAUACGGUGCUGGUGACCGCGGCUGCUGGAGGAACCGGCCAGUUUGCUGUUCAGUUUGCUAAAAUGGCCGGCUGCCACGUGGUGGGGACGUGUUCCUCUGACGAAAAGGCGGGAUUUCUUAAAACCAUCGGCUGCGACCGACCAAUCAACUACAAAAGCGAGGAUUUAGCCGCUACACUACGCAAGGAGUAUCCUAAAGGUGUGGACGUGGUGUACGAAUCGGUAGGGGGCAGCAUUUUCGACCUUGCAGUAAAUAACCUGGCCACCAGGGGCAGAAUGCUGGUCAUCGGCUUCAUCUCCGGCUAUCAGAGCGCCUCCGGCCUGCAGCCGGUGAGGGGCGGCACUCUCCCCGCCAAGCUACUGCAGAAAUCAGCCAGCAUCCGCGGCUUCUUCCUGCCACACUUCACUGCGGACUACGUCAAGUCCCUGCGGAGCAUGCAGGAGUUGCUGGCCAAAGGCAGGCUGGUGUGUGAGGUGGACGAUGGCGAGAGAGGCGAUGGCGGACGCUUCGUGGGGCUGGAGUCCGUCUACAGAGCAGUAGAGUACAUGUACGCCGGGAAGAACCUCGGCAAGGUGGUGGUGGACCUUCAGCCACAAAAUAAAAGCAAACUGUGAUCAAGCCAAACUUAAAAACAGCCCAUAAUAAAUGGACAGUGUUUACAGUCAAAAACUUUGAGAAUUAAACACAUUUCAUUUUCUCUGAAUAGAAAAAUCUAAUGAAUGUCAAUAUUAAUAAAAUAUCUUUAUUUUUGUCCAUUUGGGAUGUUUGACUAAUGCUUAGCCAACGGGAGUACUAAUGCUUUGCCAAUGUUGCCUUGCCAACUCGGCCUACUGGACAAUUAAACUGUAAGGUUAUAAGGAA